CUGAGUGACUGCAGCCUUCCUAGAUCCCCUCCACUCGGUUUCUCUCUUUGCAGGAGCACCGGCAGCACCAGUGUGUGAGGGGAGCAGGCAGCGGUCCUAGCCAGUUCCUUGAUCCUGCCAGACCACCCAGCCCCCAGCACAGAGCUGCUCCACAGGCACCAUGAGGAUCAUGCUGCUAUUCACAGCCAUCCUGGCCUUCAGCCUAGCUCAGAGCUUUGGGGCUGUCUGUAAGGAGCCACAGGAGGAGGUGGUUCCUGGCGGGGGCCGCAGCAAGAGGGAUCCGGAUCUCUACCAGCUGCUCCAGAGACUCUUCAAAAGCCACUCAUCUCUGGAGGGAUUGCUCAAAGCCCUGAGCCAGGCUAGCACAGAUCCUAAGGAAUCAACAUCUCCCGAGAAACGUGACAUGCAUGACUUCUUUGUGGGACUUAUGGGCAAGAGGAGCGUCCAGCCAGACUCUCCUACGGAUGUGAAUCAAGAGAACGUCCCCAGCUUUGGCAUCCUCAAGUAUCCCCCGAGAGCAGAAUAAGGUAUUAAAGCUCAUAGAUUUGCCCUGAAAUACAUUGCCAGUGCCCAGCACACUGUCGACCAAACACAAAGACACUUAGAGGCAUGUGUGUUUGUACACAUCCCCCGUCUUUCAUCUCUUUCCUCUGGAUCAUGGACGGCAGCUGACUAUUGAGCAGGAUACUCCACUUCCGGACUCCUGGACUGCAUCAGGAAGACCUCUUUCCCUGUCCCAAUCCCCAGGUGCGCACACUCCUGUUACCCUUUCUCUUCCCUGUUCUUGUAACAUUCUUGUGCUUUGACUCCUUCUCUAUCUUUUCUACCUGACCCUGGUGUGGAAACUUCAUAGUGAAUAUCCCCAAUCCCAAUGGGCAUUGACUGUAGAAUACCCUAGAGUUCCUGUAGUGUCCUACAUUAAAAAUAUAAUGUCUCUCUCUACUCCUCAACAAUAAAGGAUU